GGGUUUGUAAAAACAAACAGAAAUACAGGGUGUGAUAGAACUGCUACACAUCAAAAAAGACUCCAAGAAGAAAAAGAGAGAUCAGGAGAGAGUGAGAUGGCGAGAAGGGAAGUUCUGAGCUCGUACCGCGCGCUUCUGAAAGCGACCAGGAAAACAUUUUCUGGCGACACUAUGAUGCUGAAGGAAUCGGCGUUAGAGGUAAGGAAAAAAUUUGAGGAGAACAGGAACGUGAGCUCAGAGGCCGAGAUUCAGAAGCUUCUCGAAGAAGCCGCCGAGGCUUCCGAUUUCAUCACCAACAUGAUCGUCCAGGCACAACUCAACACCGAUGCCGGAAGUUACGGUAUGCUCUAUAUGGAAAUAUAUCUAUUAAUCACUACUUCAGAGACUCGCAUUUCAGUCACUGUAAGACCAUCAUGUCAUGGAGCUUUCGUUAAGAGUGGUGAAGCCGGGUAAAGAGCAUGCUGGAGCAACACUUGAACUCCCCUCGGAAGAAAUUAUUCGGAAAUCAGGAUAAGGAUAGACAAGAGAGAAGAGGUUAGAACACGGUGUUCCCUCUUCUAGAUUUUUUAUUUAGGAUCAAUAAGUAGUAUUGCCGGUAAUUUUAUGGAGGUUCUUCAAAUUUUCUCUGCCUAUAUUCCUUUUUGUGGUUGUAAUUUUUUUUCUCCUAAUCCUUUGUUUCCUUUCAAAUCUAUCUGGCAGAGUGGACAGGAUAUAAAUCUGACCGGUAAAAGUAUAUGAUACCCUUCAUUUGUCCUAUGAUUACAUAAUUUAUCUAAAUUGUUUACUGGUUUUUUUAAA